AGCUGCUAGGACUUGAGCUAACUCCUCUGCCGCUCGUUCUUCUUCAGCCUUCUCUCUAUCGUCUACUCAGCUAUCAUACCCUAGCUUCGUUCAUUCAAGCAAGAGCGCUAAGACAUUCUGUGGUUCCAUAUGCGCUUACGCAACUUGCCGAUUCGUGAUGUUUUCUCGCAAGCGUCGUACCGGGAGUCACAAUAACGACGAGCUGACCGAGAAGAGUCCUGCCACACUACCCCCUGAAGAAAGCGAAGGCCAGCCCUACGAUGGCCCGUCAGAGCUCCCCAUUCAAGCUCAUCGCUCUCACUCAGAGCCUUCGACGUAUUCUCUCGCAUAUCGCGAUAGUGCCUUUGUUCGUUCGAACUCUACUUCGACGAGUACCCUCUCGAGUGUUGGAGGAAACGCAGGACCGGAUCCCUUCGGUCUGCAUAUCGUCAACGAUCCCCCUGAUGCUGCGGCAGAUAUCAUAUUCGUGCAUGGGCUCGGAGGCUCUUCCCGCAAGACCUGGUCCUGGCAACGGAAAGCUGAACACUUCUGGCCGGCAUGGUUGCAGAAUGAGCGUAGGCUUCCGCCAUUACGCGUCUUCACGUUCGGUUACAAUGCAAACUUUCUUGGCCAGGAUACCCCGCUGAGCAUUUUGGACUUCUCAAAAGAUCUACUCAACCGCAUGAGAGGUUUCUGUGACUCUAGUACAAACACGUAUAAUUCCAUCGGCCAAAAACCGGUGAUCUUCAUAGCGCACUCGAUGGGAGGCCUUGUGGUCAAGCAGGCAUACGUCUUGGGCCAAGCUGACCCACACUAUUCCGACAUGUUAUCCAGUGUCUUCGGAAUUCUCUUUCUUUCCACUCCUCAUCAAGGCUCUAUACAUGCCGGUGUUCUCAAUAGUGUUCUGGCUGCUACUCUUGUGGCAUCACAGAAAGCCUACGUCUCCGAACUCAUGAACAACUCAACAUUCCUUCAAUCCCUCAACGAACAAUUCCGCGGAGUUUGCGAUGGACUACAGCUUGUUUCCGUCUACGAAACGUUACCGACGAAGUUAGGGCCGGUUAAGAGAAUGAUUGUCGGCAAGGAUUCGGGGAUCUUAGGCUACCCGAAAGAGAUAUCCAGCCCGAUGAAUUCGGAUCAUCACACAGUCUGCAAAUUCGAAAGUCCAUCCGACGAUAAUUUCAACCUCCUUGUCACGCUGUUAAAACGACUGACCGAAAACCUCGAACCCCAGACAACCCGUAGGCCGAGCAUAGGCAAUGCGAAUAGGAUCAAGAGAUUGGAGGAUAUGCUGGGCAUUUCGGAAGACCCUCUCGACGAUCUGGCACAGGUCGUGGGGCAAGGGAUGAGUGGUUCUGGAUUGUGGCUUCACGACCGGCAAGGGUUCAAGAACUGGAUAUCGACUUCUCAGACUGGGCCCAAGUUAUAUUGGCUUAGCGGACUUCCCGGGACAGGAAAGUCUGUUCUCGCAGGCAUGACCAUUGCCCAUCUUCACCGGAGAUUCCUUCCUCGCAGCACGCAGCACCACUUCUUCGUCCACGCCCAACCUACGAAGCGAAGCUUAUCGUACUGUCUACGCUCUAUAGCCUACCAAGCGGCGUUGACAAACGAGGUCUGCUCAAAUCAGCUGUUGCGACUGUAUGACGAGACUGGAAUCGUGUUCGCCAAUUCUACAUACCAAUUCAUUUGGGACAAAAUCUUCGAAGGUGUUCUUUUCCAACUCGACCUUGGAUACACUCUCUACUGGGUGUUCGAUGCCAUCGACGAGUCCGAGAAUCCUGCAGCCUUAGCAAAAUUGCUGCUAAGGGUACCAGCAUCGAGCCACGUCAAAGUUCUUAUUCUCGGUCGACCCAACAAGGACUUCGCCAACCUUACCUCGCCCCGCUCCGACGCGGUGCAACACGACAUCAUAUCGAUCACGGACACGCAGACUGACAUUGCGGCGUAUGUUAGUAACCUUGUCCAAGAAUCUCUCCCACUCGACGAGCGAGUUCAGAGAGACGUUAUCUCCCAAGUGCUCGGGAAGGCCGAAGGGUCUUUUCUAUGGGCAAAGUUAGCUCUCCACACAUUGCGAAGUAACUGGCAUACCCAGGAUGAUAUUCGUCGAGCGCUUAAUGAUGUCCCAAAGGACAUGGAAUCUCUCUAUACUAACAUGAUUCUUUCCAUCCGGAAUCAGCCCCAUAGGCUUCAGCAGAUGGCUUUGCGCAUAUUGACCUGGGCCGCCUGCAGUUUCCGCCCGCUGAAAGUCUCUGAGCUUGAGAUGGCUCUUCAACCUGAGUUCCGCGAUUUCAUCAGUCUAGGUGAUACCAUAGUCCAGAUUUGCGGUCACUUCAUUCGUCUGGAUAAUGGUACACUAACGCUUAUCCACGCUACUGCACGACAGUUUCUACUCGAGCACUCCAAAGGAGAUGGUCCUCUUGUUCGAUUCAGUGAUGGCCACGAGCACCUAGCCUCCGUCUGCCUGCGAUACCUUUCUCAUGAACGGUGGCGUCGCCUUAUAACCCGCGCACAGGAUGGCAGUGAUGGCGCCACCAAAGUCGAUAGGCUCCUUCCUCUCUACGAAUCGUACCCUUUUCUGAGGUAUGCAAAGGACCAUUGGGCAUACCACUUCAGCCACGCGAAGGUUGACUCCAAAGAUCUUAUGGGCUGCUCCCGAGUCUUUUUCGACAAAUUUGCUCUUUCCUGGAUUCAAGCCAUAGCAUCUUCGAACAGGCUCAGGACUUUGACUCACGCCGCUCAAUACAUCAAGAUCUUUCUCCGACGACGACGUUCCAAAAUAUCGUCGGAGCCUCUAAGAAGCUUCAGCUCCGAACAACACCUACGCGAAGAGCACAUCGUUCUAUUCUUGGAAAAAUGGGUUGUCGACCUCAUCCGCGUCGUCGGAAAGUUCGGUUCGGAAUUGGUCAAGUCACCUGUCGCCAUCCAUCGCCAUAUCCCCCCGCUCUGUCCCAGGGAUUCCAUCAUUCACGAAACGUAUGCCGAAUGCGAUGAUCCGGUAAUCUCCGUGGAUGGUAUUUCGUCCAGUGGAUGGGAUGACAACCUGGCAAGGCUUAAUGUCGGACAAGACCAUAUUGUCUCGAAAGUACUUGCCACCGGUAUGUAUUUUAUCACACUCAUUUCGAGCAACGGGACCAUGGUGGUAUGGCUGGCAGACACUUUCGAAGAAGUGAGGAAGCUAGCCCACGGGGAAUGGGUACUGGAGAUGGGGGUAAACAAGAAGGGCAAUCUCCUCCUAUCGGCUGGACGCUUCACUUUUAGAGUAUGGGACAUUGCCACCGGCAACCAGUUGUGGUCUAUGCCUCAGGACAACCAGGCAAGGACCAUGGCGAUCAGUUUCGGUCACCUCCCCUCCGAAAUUAUUGUCGGCUAUGACGAUUGCUCCGUAGUACACUACGACAUGGCGUCUCAUCAAGAACUGGGCCGCUUCUUAGCCGAAGAGACGGAUGAAGUUGAGCAUAGCUGCCCACGGCUCAUGGUAUUCAGUCCCGAUAAGACAAAGCUCGUCAUCGCCUACAGGGGUCGCCCGGUCUUCCUUUGGGACUUGCAAAAACCAACCGAUCAGCAUCCCAUCCGUUGUAUCAGAUCGGAAGACCAGGACAAGUGGGAUAAAGAGGAUUCUGAGGUCUGGAACGCGCCUGAAGUUGUAAGAUGGUUACCCGAUGGCUCAUCAUUGUUCAUUCUAUACCAAGAUGCUACGCUGGUGGACUGGCGAUUCAUGGAAGAUCAGCAAUGCGAAUACGGACACACAGGCGCCCGUGAGAUGGUCAUCAGCCCUGAUGGCACAUUCCUUCUCACUAGUGAUCGCGAUGGUACCCUUAGCGUCUGGACAAUUCCAAAGUUGAAUCUGCUGUAUCGAUUACACUAUGAGGAAUUCGUCCGAGACCUGGCCUUCAGCCCCGAUGGCCAGCGCAUAUACGACACUAGAGGGUCUCGAUGCAAUGUGUGGGAGCCCGACGUUCUUGUGCGACCGGACGAGCCCGACAAAGACGAAGGAUCCAGUAGCUGCGACGGAUCGAUCGUGUCCGAACCUGUGAUCUCCCAGGAUGAUAAUCAGCGGAGCCAGAUUACUUCUCUGGCUUGUGAAGAUUCUGAUCAGUUCUAUUGUUGUGGGAAAGACGAUGGAUCCGUAACACUUCAUAGGAUGGACAGCGGUAAUAAGUUGAGAAAGAUUUGCAGUCAUGCAGACUCCGUCGCCGUCGUCACUCUGGGAUGGUCGCCUUCGGCAAGAUAUCUCAUAUCCGCGGAUGACUCCGGCAAGGUCAUUGCAAAGCGGCUAAGGAUCAAAGAAGACGGCAAAUGGGCCAUCUAUCCAGUGUUCGACUGCCGAAUCGACGAGACGGUCAACCAAUUUCUCUUCAACGCGGACGAAACACUCGUCUUGAUCAGUACAGCAUCUGCUGAUCGCAUAUGGAGCCUCAAGUCCAAGAGCCACAUCUGUCAAAAGAAAUGGCAGUCAAGAUCGGGACGCAAAUGGGCCGAUCACCCAUCGGAGAAUGGGUACAUCUUAUGGGUCGACCCCGACCAAGUACAUAUUCAUGCAUGGCAAGAUCUGAGACGUAUUUCUUCCCGUCGGACGUCCAUGGUAGAGAUACUGCCUGAGGUAGACGAAGGUAACGAAAUAGCCCUUCCGCCGGUACUCGCGAUGCCUCCCAUGUCUUCACUUGAGAGCCAAGAGAGUGUGCAGACUGUUGCGCAGACACUCAACCGCAGAUACCUGGUCUGCGAAAUUCUUCCCGACACUGGUCAAAACCGGAGUAAUUCCACGAAGUCUUUGAGACUGGACCUGGUGUUCACGGCGGACCUGGACAUCUACAAACUUAAUCCAGUCCGCCGUAAAAAUUUGGUCUCUCUCGUGGGUGGCGUGCAACUUCUCCUUGGAACCUACCGCGACAAGAUUGUCUUCCUAGACCACCAGAAUUGGCUGUGCUCUUGCGAGGUUAGCUGGCCAAUAGAGGCAAUCAAACGACACUAUGUUAUUCCCAGGGAUUGGCUCAACUCUUCGACUCUCCAGCUUGUGACGCUAAACAAGCAUGGCACCUUACUCUGUCCGAGGAAUGGGGAGGUUGCACUUGUGCGAUACAAGAAUCGACUGUAAACUAUAGAGGAGUUCAUAGAGCAAAGGUGGUUCAAUUGCAGGCGUUCUGGGAGUUAGGGCUCAGACGUGCAUGUAGAAAAUCUUGCUUCGUUGGCUGUGGUUGCAAUGAAUUUCCGGUGAGAUUUUGCGCUGCUGCUUUAACUUUGCUUGAGCGAGGGCCAUGUCGGGCGGACCGCUGUGUCGCUAAGGUAAUGUACGUGCACGCAUUCGUACUUUCAAGGCUGCCAAUGGCUAUCUCAGAUCCCCACGGUCAGAUCACCAACCGUCGACCCCACCGGGCCCAACGCCAGAAUCAAGCAAUACAGUCCACCCCCCUGCUCGGAUUGCUAGCGCAGUGUGGCUUUCGGGGCUGGCACGUCCCCCUUUUGGUUUUUGACAAGAGACUCGCUAUACCGCGCUAGCAAUCCGAAAAGGGGG